CCGCAUGCUUUACGCUGUAAUAUGCCAAGGGACGGGUUUGGCAGGAGAAGUCGCUUCGGCUUGGACGUGCCGGUGCAGAGAUGGUACAGGAGUACUUAAUGGGGACUCUUGCCGCCGCCGUGGCUGUAGUCGAAGACUUUCAUUGACUCCACGGCUUUGAUAUUUUCAACCAUGCGGUCCAUCUGCCUUCCCGUGCUCGCCAUGGCUGGGCUAGCCACAGCCGUCCCAUUCGAUCAACCUGUAUCGAAACGUGCAGUGGGCACUUGGGAUGACGCAUACACCAAAGCAACGGCAGCUCUUGCCAGGCUGUCGCAAGACGAGAAGAUUGGCAUCGUUACAGGCACUGGGUGGAUGAAAGGCCCAUGUGUUGGUAACACCAAGGCUGCCAGUUCAAUUGGAUACCCUUCCCUUUGUCUGCAAGACGGUCCCCUUGGUGUCCGCUAUGUUCAGGGCAUCACUGCCUUCUCUGCUGGUAUCCAUGCUGCUAGCACUUGGGAUAUCGACCUCAUAAGGGAGCGAGGCGCCUUCCUCGGUGCCGAAGCUAAGGCACUGGGAGUACACGUGCAACUAGGCCCCUCUUCCGGACCUCUUGGCAAGUUUGCCAAAGGCGGACGCAACUGGGAGGGAUUCGGAUCAGAUCCCUAUCUUCAGGGCAUCAUGAUGGCCGAGACUAUCGAGGGCAUGCAGGAAUCUGGUGUCCAGGCCACUGCUAAGCACUGGAUCGUCAACGAGCAAGAACGCAACAGAUAUACCAUGAGCUCCGAUGUGGGCGACAGGGUUAUGCGCGAGCUGUAUGUUUGGCCUUUUAUGGAUGCGAUCCACAGCAAGGCAGCGGCCGUUAUGUGCAGUUACAACAAAGUCAACGGGACGUGGGCGUGCGAAAGCGACGGUGUUAUGAACAAGCUCUUGAAAGACGAGCUUGGCCACCGUGGAUACAUCAUGUCGGACUGGAAUGCACAACACACUACAACCGGUAGUGCCAAUGGUGGCCUGGAUAUGACUAUGCCCGGUACCGACUUUAGCAACAACAAUGUGUACUGGGGCCCACAACUCAAGAGUGCCAUCAGCAACGGACAGGUUCAGCAAUCGCGCCUCGAUGACAUGGUCAAGCGCAUCCUUGCUGCGUGGUAUCUUGUUGGCCAGGACAAAGGUUACCCUGCCACUUCCUUCAACUCGUGGAGCAUUGGCAGACAUGAGGUCAGCGGAAACCACAAGACCAACGUCCGCGCCAUGGCCCGUGACGGAAUUGUCCUGCUUAAGAACGCCAAUGCUGCGCUGCCCCUCAAGAAGCCAAAGAGCAUUGCCGUCAUUGGAAGCGACAGUAUCGUCGCACCCCGAGGAGCCAAUGCCUGUGUCGACCGUGGCUGCACCGAAGGUGUUCUUACUAUGGGCUGGGGCUCUGGCUCAGUUGAGCUUCCAUCCGACAUGGUUGCACCGUUGGAUGCCAUCAAGACGCAGGCUCAAAAGGACGGCACAACUGUGACCUCGUCGCCCAACGACAAUGCCCAGCAAGGUGCUAGUGCGGCUCAAAAUGCUGAAAUUGCUGUUGUGUGCAUCAACAGCAACGCUGGCGAAGGCUACAUCACGGUCGAGGGCAACCCUGGUGACAGGACCAACCUAGAUCCAUGGCACAAUGGCAACGAGCUUGUCAAGGCGGUUGCCGCUGUCAACAAGAAGACGAUUGUGGUUGUUCACAGCGUUGGACCCAUCGUCAUGGAGCAGUGGAUCGAUAACCCCAAUGUCGUUGCCGUCGUCUGGGCCGGUCUUCCAGGCCAGGAGCCCGGAAAUGGUGUUGUCGACAUCAUGUAUGGAGCAGCGUCGCCGAGCGGCAAGCUUCCCUACACCAUUGCGAAGAGGGAAGAGGACUACGGUACCACGAUUGCCAGCGGCGACGACAAGUCGUGGAACCUCUUCAUCGACUACCGCCAUUUUGACAAGGAAAACAUUCAGCCCAGGUUUGAAUUUGGCUUUGGUCUCUCCUACACCAACUUCACCUACUCCGACCUUGCACUGUCAGGCAAGCCUUCGGCUGGUCCUUCGACCGGAGCUGUUGGUCCUGGUGGCCCUGUCGAUCUCUUCGAGACAGUGGCUACCGUGACCGCUAAGAUCAGCAACUCGGGUGGUGUUGCUGGUGCCGAGGUGCCGCAGCUGUACCUAGGCUACCCUGCAUCCACCAACUCUCCACCAAAGCAACUCAGGGGCUUCACCAAGCUCAAGCUAGAGGCAGGAGCCAGCGGAACUGCGACAUUCAAGCUGAGAAGGAGGGACAUGAGCUACUGGGACGAGAAGACAAGGAAAUGGACUGUUGCCGCGGGCGAGUACAGUGUCUUUGUGGGGUCCAGCUCGCGAGACGUGAGGCUGACGGGAUUACAUCUCAGACCACCUGUGGAAGGCAUCAGUGAACUGAAAGCCUACCCAAUCCCCUCACUACCGAUUCAAACACAAAUUCACACCACAUCUCCGCUCAUCAUGAUUUCUCAACUAUUCAAGCCUUCCGCGGUCCGGUCCGCCGGUUUCCUGGGACGAGCGGCAAACAACCGCCUCCAGGCUCGCUACCUGGCCACUGUGCAAUCCAACACUGAGCGGGCAAUUCCCACUCCCAGUAUGCGCAAGGCCACGGCCGUGUCCAACGAGCCCGCUACUUUUACCAUCAAGAACGGCCCCAUCUUUUCCGGCAAGUCAUUUGGUGCCAAAACCAACAUUUCCGGUGAAGCCGUUUUCACAACCUCGCUGGUGGGAUACCCAGAGUCCAUGACGGACCCCUCGUACCGCGGUCAGAUUCUUGUCUUUACCCAGCCGCUAAUUGGCAACUACGGCGUGCCCUCGAGUGCCCGCGACGAGCAUGGCCUGCUCCGAUACUUUGAGUCUCCAUACAUUCAAGCCUCUGGUAUCGUGGUCCAAGACUAUGCCUUGAAGCACAGCCACUGGACUGCUGUCGAGUCGCUUGGAGCAUGGUGCGCUCGUGAGGGUGUUCCCGCCAUCUCCGGUGUUGAUACUCGCGAGGUCGUGACCUACCUCCGUGAGCAAGGUUCCUCUCUUGCCCGCAUUUCGGUUGGCGAGGAAUACGAUGCCGACGAGGAUGAGGCGUACAUUGACCCCGAGGCUAUUCACCUCGUGCGUCGUGUUUCGACCAAGGCACCCUUCCACGUCAGUUCCUCUCUGGGAGACAUGCACGUUGCCUUGAUCGACUGUGGUGUCAAGGAGAACAUUCUGCGCAGCCUCGUUUCCCGCGGUGCCAGCGUCACCUGCUUCCCCUACGACUACCCGAUCCACAAGGUUGCCCACCACUUUGACGGUGUCUUCAUCUCCAACGGCCCUGGUGACCCAACCCACUGCACAACCACGGUGCACAAUCUCCGCAAGCUGUUUGAGACGUCGCAGCUGCCCGUCAUGGGCAUCUGCAUGGGUCACCAGCUGAUUGCCCUUGCUGCUGGUGCUAAGACCAUCAAGCUCAAGUACGGUAACCGUGCUCACAACAUCCCGGCGCUCGACCUCACGACUGGCAAGUGCCACAUUACGUCGCAGAACCACGGAUACGCAGUCGACCCGACGACGUUGAACAGCGAAUGGAAGGAGUACUUCACCAACCUCAACGACCAGUCGAACGAGGGUCUGAUCCACAGCACUCGGCCCAUUUUCAGCGCCCAGUUCCAUCCCGAGGCCAAGGGUGGACCUCUGGACUCUGCCUAUCUCUUUGAUAAGUACAUUGAGAAUGUGCAGCAGUACAAGGACCAGCAGGCCAGCUUCUCGCAGAGGAGCAACAAGCCCAGCCCUCUUCUGGUGGACUUGCUGGCCAAGGAGCGUGUUGGUGUGCACCCUGACGCGCCCGACUUUGAGGGCCAUGCUGCCGGCAUGGACACACAGCAGAUUACUGUUGGUGGACCCGUGGCGCCUUCUUACCAGCCCAUUACGCAGAAGCCUGUUGCGUCUGCUGCUUGAGCGAGGCAUGGGGGCAUUUCUUGUUCAGGGGGGUGGAGCUGAGACUGGCAGGUUUGGGGAGUUUUGAAGUUUUUUUUUGUUUUUUUGCCUUUUUUUUUAUCUUGGGAGGCGUUGGACGAGGGCGGCGGGAGGACCAAAGGAGAUAUUGCCGGGUCAGAUUGCAAGGCACAGGCGAAAAGGCUCGUCCGGGAUGAGAGAUGACGUGACUAGUAAUGCCAC